AGAAGUAAGUUCAUCAAGAAGCAUCAACGAAACGAGCAAUUCAACGGAUCCCGCGUAAUGAAACCAUCAACCUUCAUCGGAUCCUAUCUGGCAGGGGCCAUCACCUUAAUCGGUGUCAUUUCCAGUGCGGCCGGACUCAGUGCAAUUCGUUCCCCGGCAGGGCCUUCAAAUCUGCCGUCUUCGAGCAAUGGCACCUGGCCAAGCAGCCGUCCGGAUGUGGCAAAUGAGGCGCGAAAUCGCCAUCAACGAUCGCUGGUUUUCCCCUACAAUGGAGCCAUGGGUCUAAUUGUGGCCAUUGCAGUCCCGUUGAAAGUCCCAGAUCGGAAUAUCUUCAUGUCCUACAAUUUCGAGGGCAAUUACAACAGCCCACCACAGACCAACAUUUUCACCGAGGGAUUCUUCAACUACAUUAGAGGCAUUGCUCCUCCAUUGCAAUCACCGGUGAUCUUUGUCCAAAGAAAUUUAGAAGGUAGUCCGGCCAUUGAGGAUUCCACAGAUGACCCACCAACUGAUCCAGUUGAUGAUGCCAAAACUGAAGCCAUUCUCAGCAGCAGUAAACAGGCAAGAAGUAUCGAUCAGCUAACGGUUUCGAAGAGAACUGGCAUUUACACGAGGAAAAAGAUGUAUCGAGCCAUUGAACAGCAGUUGAAUAAAAUUGGAUUGGAUGGUAAAAAAUGUUUACUCCGUUCGAUUUGCGAAGCCAAUGAUAAUCCUAUGAUGGAACAUAAUGGAAUCCUAGGUGAUCUAGUGCAUUUAAUUUUAAGUCCCUCGACUUCAGAGGAUGAAAACUUGCCGCCAGAGUUCUACAAGGCAGAAAGAGCUGGAAUAGCAGGCAGUUGUCAACGAUACCGGAAAUAUUGCAAACAAAACGUUCUGGAUAAGUUUAGUUUUACGUUUUAG